CGAUAUCUCAAUCUUGUUUUACCACGUGUGCGUCUUCACGUGGUACGCUGGCGCUUAGCGUUUCUGAUGCCAUGCGUUAGUUUGUAGGCAUUACAAAAGCAGGGCUGAUUGUAUUCUUUGAUAAAAAGGUACACAUAAACUGCAAUUAUGGGUGGCGAGGACUUCCCAGAUGACAAGAAGAGGCACACCAAAAGAGCAGCUGGCCGGAAGGCAGACAAGAAGAAACAAAAGGAGCCUCACAAGCAGGAGCUGACUGCCAAACAGCGCAAUCCCAAGGCAUUCGCCUUCCGCUCGGCAGUGUCGGCGGCCCGCACGCUCCGCCGUUCGCAGGACAUCAAAGAGCGGAAGACACACAUCCCGGUGAUCGACCGGACGCCGCUGGAGCCGCCGCCCAUCGUGAUCGGCGUUGUCGGGCCGCCCAAGGUCGGCAAGUCCACCCUCGUCCAGUGCCUCAUCAAGAACUUCACGCGCAAGACGCUGACCAACAUCCAAGGACCGGUCACGAUUGUGUCAGCCAAGAAGCGACGCCUCACCUUCAUUGAGUGCAACAACGACAUCAACUGCAUGAUCGACCUGGCCAAGGUGGUGGACCUGGUGCUUCUGCUGGUGGACGCGUCGUUCGGCUUCGAGAUGGAGACGUUCGAGUUCCUCAACAUCUGCCAGGUGCACGGUUUUCCGCGCGUGAUGGGAGUCCUGACACAUCUGGACAUGUUCAAAGACACUAAGAAGAUGCGGAAAACGAAGAAAACUCUGAAAAAUCGUUUCUGGACGGAUGUUUACCCAGGAGCCAAGCUGUUUUACCUGUCUGGAAUGGUACACGGCGACUACCAGCGGAUGGAGGUGCACAACUUGGGCCGCUUCAUAUCGGUCAUGAAGUUCCGCCCUCUCACCUGGAAACAGGCCCACCCCUACAUCCUCGCCGACCGCAUGGAGGACCUGACCGGCGCCGAGGCCGUCCGACAGAACCCCAAGUGUGACCGCACCAUCAGCCUGUACGGCUACGUGCGCGGCGUGCCCCUCCGGCAGGACACGCCCAUCCACAUACCCGGCGCCGGCGACUUCCGCGUGUCGUCGGUGGACUUCCUGCCGGACCCGUGCCCGCUGCCGGACCGGGCCACCAAGUCGCGCCGGUCGCUGACGGAGCGCGACAAGUCCAUGUACGCGCCGAUGUCGGGCGUCGGCGGCAUCGUCUACGACAAGGACGCCGUGUACAUCGAGCUGGGCGGCAGCCACUCCCACCGCGGCAAGCCGACCGACACGGCCGCCGCCGAGCCGCCGCGGGACGGCGAGCACCAGGAGGGCGCAGAGGAGGAGGAGGAGGAGGACGAGGAUCAGCAGCUGGUGAGCUCGCUGAUGACAUCGCAGCACACCAUCGACCAGAAGAUGGAGGAGGCGCAGCUGCAGGUGUUCUCCGGACAGCAGCCCAUCUCGUCACAGGACGCGGCCAUGAAACUACACUACGAGACGGUGGCCGGGGAGGACGGCCGCAGCCGACGGCGGGUCCUUUUCGACGACACCGGGGAGGUGGGCGAGGACAGCGAAGGCGAUGGCGAUGGCGAUGGCGACGAGGACGAGGAGGAGGAUGGCGAUGAGGAAGCAGAGAACAGUGAGGGGGAAGUGGAGGAGGACAGUGAUGAUGAGGCAAUGGAGGACAGUGAAGAGGAAGACGCCGAUAUGAGCCUUAACAACCCUGCUGCAAAGCCGGCCUCCAACGGCCUGAGCAAUGGGAGUCCAGGCGGUAGUGGCGAGGAGGACGAGGACUCCUCCGAGGACGAGGAGGGGGACGCAGCAUUGACGGCUACCGCGGUCGCCCCCCGCCAGAACGCGCGCCAGCUACACAAGCUCAUAUAUGGCACAGACCCGGGCUCGGCCGGCGCCGCCUCGGACGCGGCCGCCGAGCAGGAGGAGCAGGAGCCGGAGGUGGGCGGCCUGUUCCGCGUGGUGCGCGCCGAGCAGCGCGACAGGAGCGGCCGCGACGAGACGGACCGCAGCCUGCCAGAGCCGGACGGACGCCACCUCAGCCGCUGGCAGACCGACGAGGGUCGCGCCUGCAUCGCCGACUGUUUCGUGACGGGCGAGUGGAAGGAGAGCGAGAACGCCUCGGCCCUGCUCGCCCUCGACGAGGAUGGCAUGGACGAGGACGAUGAGCUGGACGGCGACUUCGAGGACAUGGAGACCGGCGAGAAGCACGAGGCGGCGCCACCGGAGCCGGCCGACUCCGACGCCGAGGAGCAGAUGCCUGUUAAAAAAGAGGACGAGCAGAUGACACGGAAGCAGCUGCUGGAGAAGAAAAAGAAACUGAAGGCUAUGUUUGACGCCGAGUACGACGACAAGGAGGGCUCCAGCUUCUAUGAUGACCUGAAGCGUGACCUGGACCAGCAGGCCCAGCUGAACCGGAGCGAGUUCGACGGGCUGGAGGAUGAGCUGCGCGUGCAGUUCGAGGGCUACCGGCCGGGCAUGUACGUGCGGCUGGAGGUCGCCAGCGUGCCGUGCGAGCUGGUCACCAACUUCGACCCCACCAUCCCGCUGAUUGUGGGCGGCCUCACCACCGGCGAGGAGAACAUCGGAUACGUGCAGGCGCGGGUGAAGCGGCACCGCUGGUACAAGCGCACCCUGAAGACGCGCGACCCGCUGAUCGUCUCGCUCGGCUGGCGCCGCUUCCAGACGCUGCCGCUCUACUCGGUCCAGGACCACAACGGCCGAAACAGGCUGCUCAAGUACACGCCGGACCACCUGCACUGCACGGCCCACUUCUGGGGGCCGAUCACGCCGCAGGGCACCGGCCUGCUGGCGCUGCAGAGUGUCAGCGACGUCUCCGCCUCGUUCCGCGUGGCCGCCACCGGCACCGUGCUCGACCUGGACAAGUCGGUCCAGGUGGUGAAGAAGCUGAAGCUGGUCGGCACGCCCAACAAGGUCAUGAAGAAGACCGCCUUCAUACAGGGCAUGUUCACCUCGGUGCUGGAGGCGGCCAAGUUUGAGGGCGCGCUCUGCCGCACGGUGUCGGGAGUGCGCGGCCAGAUCAAGAAGGCGCUGACCGCCAAACCGGCCGGCCUGGUGCGCUGCACGUUCGAGGACCACAUCAAGCUGAGCGACAUCGUGUUCGUGCGCACGUGGUACCCGAUGGAGGUGGCGCGGCUGUACGCGCCCGUCACCUCGCUCCUGCUGCCGCCGGCCGACAAGGCGCGCUGGCAGGGCAUGAAGACGGUCGGCCAGCUCAAGAGAGAGCGUGACAUCCGCGUGCAGCCCGACCCCGACCAGCUGUACACGCCGGUGGAGCGGCGACCGCGCCAGAGCCGGCCGCUCCAGGUGCCGGCCUCCCUCCAGCGCCAGCUGCCAUACGCCGACCGCGCCAAGCUGGGUGUCGGCAACGUGCUGGCCGGGCCCGGACAGCAGCACGAGCGGGUGGCGGUCGUGCUGCAGCCGCGCGAACAGAAGGUGAUGAAAAUGAUGAAGACGCUGCGCGCCACAUACGAUGUGCAGCAGCAAAAGCGACGCGGCCUGGCGCAGGACCGCGCCAAGAAGAUGGUCGACAAGCGGAAGGCAGACAUCGAGCGCUUCGAGAAGCGCCAGAAGCGCGUCAGGAAGCACGUGUACAAGAUGCUGGCGCUCAACAGCGGCAAGAAGAGCGGUGGCGGCGGCGGCGGCGGCGGCGGCGGCGGCGGCGGCGGGUGAGCGCGGACACCGCUCUGCCGCCUCGUCCGCCGGCGCCGUUGUCGCUGUUUGUGCGAAGUUGUGCGGAGUGCGUUGAGUGACAGACUGUGGUGUGUUGGUGCUGAUGGUAUUGUGCGUGCGUGCCGGAUUUGUUGCGUCGUUAUCAUAGUGAAAAUACAACC